AAGAUCCGGUUCUACCAAAUCCUAGAGUACUAGAAAGUGAAAAACUUAGAGACAUCCUCGGAGCUGAGAAACCUGAAGACAUGGCCUCCACAACAAAGUUGGUUUCAGUUGCUCUUUUGUGGGUGCUAAUUUUGUUCGGAACCCUUGCAAUCAUUCAGAAUAGAAUAAGCGAUGCUGUAGUCUCAUCUGAGCAAAGAAUCAUAAAACAUCAGGAUAAUAAGUUGGUGGAGGAUCUGGAAGAAGUGACCAAUAAAGUUUACUUUGAUAUUGAAAUUGAUGGAAAACAUAUCGGUCGCAUAGUCAUGGGCCUCUUUGGUAACACAGUUCCUAAAACUGUAGGAAACUUUCAAGCUCUUUGCACGGGGGAGAAAGGAACUGGGAAGAGUGGGAAGCCUCUUCACUACAAAGGGAGCACAUUCCAUAGAAUUAUUCCUAGCUUUAUGAUCCAGGGUGGUGAUUUUACUCGUGGUGAUGGUCGAGGUGGAGAGUCAAUCUAUGGUAUGAAGUUUGCCGAUGAGAACUUUAAACUAAAGCACACUGGGCCAGGAAAUUUGUCAAUGGCAAAUGGUGGGCCAGACACCAAUGGAUCGCAAUUCUUCAUUACAACUGUCAAGACUGACUGGUUGGAUGGACGCCAUGUUGUCUUUGGCAAGGUGCUUUCUGGGAUGGAUGUUGUCUACAAGAUUGAGGCAGAAGGAAAACAAAGUGGUGUGCCCAAAACCAAGGUUGUGAUUUCAGACAGUGGUGAACUUACUAUGUGAAUUCCCUGCAUCUUAUGUUUUCUAUAAACGCUAAAGGUUAAGAGUGGUGCUCACUGCUCAGUGCUCUCUCUCAAUACAAUCUUGAGUAGACUUAUAGGUAUAUGUUACAAAUUACUAUUAUUUGUUAGUUUAAAGCAAUUAUAAUCACAUUUUUCUUUCUCUA